GCCCAGUGACCUACAUGUGGUUGUCCGAAAUAAACAGGGGGCUGCAAGGAAAUCACUUUUUCCUAUCAAUUUCGUAACACAACAUAUAGACCGCGUCUAUUCGGGACAGGCAGGCGGGCUGGCCUGUUCGGAAGACUGCCUCACGCCUCAGGUGCCGCUGGGCAGCUAUGGUGGGCGAUGAAAGUAGCUCUGAGAGCUGUGACAUACAAAAAGGAGUGCCCUGCCCCUGUCUUCGUUCUGUAAACAUUUCCUACCUUCCAUAUUCUCUGUUUGUAAUUCUUAUACUUUUUUUGCUACCACCUUCAUAAUAUUCUAGGCCAAAUCACAUGUACAAGUCCUUUAAGCUCAUCAAGGCCAAGUUUAGCUUGUUCAGAGUUGAUAUUUCGCCUACAUUUCUCCAGCUCCCACGGUCACAGCGCACAUUCCCGCAGCCCAUAUGCUUUGAGCCCGAGACCAAACCGCCGCCCGCCCAGGCCAAGGCGCGGCCCGCAUACAUGUCGCCGUACGAGCACACCGUAGUGCUGAUAGAGCGCCUGCUGCGUCUCCCUAGCAUCUCCACGUUCCUCUACCCCAUUCUUGUCGACGAGAUGAACAAAGGUGCCCAGCCAAUCCGCGACCCGCGGGACCCACUCCGCACUCUGUUCGCGCACGGCUACACGCUCAACAUCCUUCUGAAUGAGCUAGCGAGCCCGUUCAUUAGCACAAUAGACCUGUACGAAAAGUCCGAGGACGGGUCGUACGAGUCGUAUCAGACAUGGCUGUUCUGGAACGGCUGUGUGCGUGCCGAGCUGACCACGGAGGAUGUUCUGGAGGCGUUCCCCGGAUUCGAUAUCUGCGACUGCGAUGAGGACCUGGAGCGUACGCUUAGUGUGGUUGCGGGGAUUGUCGAUGCCUUGCAAGCGUGCGGGAAGCUGGCCGAUUUUGACUCCAGGUUCGUCCGCCCCAACACGCUUUAUCCGGUUGCCGCAGUGGGCAAGGGCGCUCCAAGAUACGCCGAGCUGGCCAUGGAGCUGUCGAGGACCGAGGUGGCGUACGUGCAGGACCUGGAGCGGCUAAAGGCGUAUUCGGAUACGGCCAGGAAGCACCUCGGGCUGCAUGCCUCUGUCGACAUCGACACCAUCUUCCUGCACGUCGACGCGCUGCUUGCUCUGCACCGGCGCCUGUCGAUGUCCAUCCAGUAUCUAGCUGCCCAGCCACUGCGCGAUCAGCUGUAUGGAGCGCUGUACGAGAACAUGGUUGGCUUUGAUGUCUACUGCCGGUACUGCUCGAACCGCGACGCAUCGCAGGCAUCGUAUCAGGAAAUUCUGCCACUGCUGUGCCAGAUCCCAGACGACCUCGACGCAUCCUUUGACCUGCCGGCACUGCUGCUUCGGCCAAUCCAGCGGCUAGCGCAGUACCCGAUAAUGUUCCAGGGCAUCGUCGAUGCAGCCUAUGAAGAUAGCAUGUACAUGGAUGAGCCCGAGCUGACCGAGCAAAUGCAGUCGCUGCCAUCAAUCUACACGGCAAUCCGCCGCAGCAAGCGCAUUAUUACUCGAGCGAACGAAGAAACCCGCGAGCGCCAGAAUGAAGGUCUGCAUGGCGAGUUUUUUGACCGCCUCGAGCACCCCAUUCCCGCUGGUCUCAUCCAGCCCAGCACUGGCCGGCUCUUGACUAGCGGUAAGCUGUCGGUGCGGGUCGGCGUCGAGUAUGAAGAUUUCGAAGCAUUUCUGUUUCAAAACCAUCUGGUGCUGUGUACGCAGAUACAGAAGCUCGAGCGUGCGCCGUCAAAGCUGCACCGCACGAUCUCUAAUCUGCACAUGUCGAUGCGGAGCGUGAGGGCACAGGUGAAUGGGCGCCGCGAGUCCUUGUCGUCCAUGUCGGUGAUGAGCAGCGAAUGCCCGUCGUCACCAGAGUCGCCCCAGCAGAUGUCACCUGUCCUGCGCCCCUCAAAGUCGCUGCUCGGCAGCAAAGCCAGCGACCACUCGUCAGUGACAGCGUUCCAGCCGCUCAGUCUUGACAUUCGACACACCAAAGACCACCCCACACAGCCUUUUCAGCAGCCAUGCCUCACUCAAUACCCUGCGCGGGACACUCGGAUGGGGCUCAAUUUUGCCUCGUCGAUUAAUGUCGUCAGCCAGGAAUCCAGAGAGGCGCAGGCUGAAGAGCAAGAAAGCCAGGGGCUGCUUGUGCGCGAGUUCAUUCCAACUGCCUGCAUCAGCCAGGCGUGCCUGAUUAACGAGCGCCACGGGGUGUCCAAGCUGACGGCUCAGAUUGUUGUUGAUGGUAUCGAGCGCAUGUUCGUCAUUACGCUGGCUAAUCGUGAAAGCGAGGGCGUGUGGAUGACGAUGCUGAGGCGUGCGGUUCCGCUACACAUGUUGGAGAGCGGCAGCAAGAGCGGAAAGCUGUAUAUCAACCCCCGCUUUGUCAGUGCACCGUGCUAGGAACGUGCCUCAAGUGAUAUUCGUGCGAACAGUUAAAUGCACAUUUGCAGUAAUUAUCUGGUUCUAAUUGUGCUACGUACAACCUCAACAUAUUGCAAUUAAGCACAUGCUGCCAUUUAUAAAUGGACCACCUCCACAAAGACGAAUCCGGUAUGAACAUCAGCAUUGGAAAUGCUC